UUCUGUGAUUCUAUGAUUUCCAGUGCAACUCCCUUAAGGUCACGUAAAAUCAGACACCAUUCCUUGUUUAAGCCAGGUGCGGAGGCUUUCCAGGUUGCUUGGCUCCUAUUUCUUGCCUAGUAACACCUUCUCCUCUAUGGUUUCAAAGUCAAAAACAGCUUCAAGUUUUUUUCAGUUCAGCUCAUGCCACAGGUCAUUUGGGGCAAGUGGGUGACCUGUACCUUAUUCUCUGAAUUAGGCCAAGAGAAUCCACGGAGAGAAGCAGGAUUAAUAAGUGGGAUACCAUAAAAAGAGGAUGCCUGUAUUAGUAGGGUGGAUAUUAGUGUGCCAGCCCUGAAAAAUGUCCAGAUCUUUCAGGCUGGCUUCUAAUAGUAGGAUUAAAAGAAUUUAGUAGCAAAAAUCUAGAGAGCAAAUAUUUGCCUUCCUGGCUUUCAGAGAUUUAACUGCACUGGCCUUCAACUGGUCAUGGCACACCCUGCAGUCCAUGGAUUCCAAUGGAAGAAGUCUGCAUUUAGUAACAUAAAUAUUGGCUUGUUUAUCUUACACCCACGUCAAGUGGGUGCAGCCAGCGCUGCUGACUCAAGCCGAGCCAUGUGGGGGUUUCGCAGCAUGAUCAAGUGCACCAUCCCGAACAGCUACCCUCUGCUGCAGUUUGCUGACUACGGCUGCUACUGCGGCUUUGGAGGCAGCGGGACUCCAGUGGACGAGCUUGACAGGUGCUGUGAAGUACACGAUCACUGCUACUCACAGGCAAAGAGACUAGAAUCAUGCAGACACAUUGUGGACAACCCCUACACAAAGCCAUACAACUUCACCUGCUCCAGUGGGCAGGUUACGUGUAACAGUAUGUCCACUUCCGCGUCGCUCCACUUCAAACAUCACUGCGGGGGACGGGGCUGCAUUACACCCGGUGAUUUUGUGGCAGGAAGGCGCGGUGCAAGUCCCUUCCAGCGGGGCUGGCUGUCAGAAACGGGGCACCUCACGCAGGCACUGGAGUGAAUAUUCUCCAUAUAGCACACAAUUUAACAUUUAUGAAAGGUAUACGGUAUUGCAGUGUGUAGGGAAGCCUGUCACCUCUUCAGGGGAUUGAGUCCCUGUGGUACUUUUCUGGGAGUCCCUUUAAUGGCGGUAUUUAAGAGACCGGCGUGCUGACUAGGAAGUGUUAGGCAGCUUCUGCUGGGCAUAUCUAAUGUAAUGGCGGAGCUUUUUUAGGGCUCUGGAAUGGAGAUAGGUAGCAGAGAGGCUGGCAAACAGAACUGCAGGGAGGGAAGGAAGGAGCAAGGAGACGGCUGGGCUGGAGCGCACAGCUUUGGGGGCCGAGGGUUAGCGGGGAGGAGCACAUACACCCGCAAAACCGGGGCAACGGCAGCAGCUCCCCGAGCCGCUGCCACGCCCGGCGGUGGAGCUGCGGGUCUGACCGCUCCCGCUCUCUCCUCCAGGCGACAACGACGAGUGCGAGAUGUUCGUCUGCAACUGUGACCGCGCCGCCGCUCUGUGCUUUGCCAAGGCGCCCUACAACCCCGAGCACA